CAUGGCAAUGUCUAACAUGGGAGGGAAAGACACGAAUGGACCAUGUGGCGUGACUCGUUCAGACUGCAGCUCUUCUGCCUGCUUAUGGCAGUGCUGGCUGUUGUGGUGCUAGUCCAUAAUUUUUUUCAAUUAGAGAACCUGGAUGAUGACACAGUUUCAGGAUUGAAUUGGAUAACAGAAAACAAUGUCCAGCAUUCUCUGUCACAGACUACCAAAACUACCAGGAAGCCUUACUGUGGGUACACACAGCAGACCUUGUCCAAAAGGGAGCAAGCGGAGCAGGAAUCGUUGCUUGCUGCAAUACAGUGGCCAAAACCCCCUGAUGGAAAAAUUGCCUUUGCACAAAGUACUGAUCCCACACACAGUGACUUUGUGAUUGUGAAACCCAGCAGGUUCUUCAAGGUGGGUGAUCAGUUGGAGGUACUUGUUCGUAUGAAGGAUUUCCAAGGAAAACCCAAACAGUAUGGUGGAGACUAUUUACAGGCACGAAUUCACUCUCCUGUGCUGAAAGCUGGAGCAGCAGGAAGGAUUGUAGAUUGCCAUAAUGGCCUUUACAAAAUCUUCUUUACCUUGCUUUGGCCAGGAGAGGUCAAAGUUUCUGUGUCACUUGUCCAUCCGAGUGAAGCAAUCCAAGUUCUCCUGCGUUUACGAGAGGAGAGGCCGGACAGAGUCUAUUUCAAAAGCUCAUUCAAGUCUGGGAGGUAUUCUGAAACAACGGAGUGCAAUGUUUGCUUGCCUGGAGGCCUCCCAGUCUGUAACUUCACAGAUCUCUACACAGGUGAACCAUGGUUCUGUUACAAGCCUCGAAAACUGUCCUGUGCCAGCCGAAUCAGCCAUGCCAAAGGUGGAUAUCUGAAAGGUCUUCUGACGCAAGAGGAGAGCCUCUUUUUCCAAAGUGAUGUGAAUAUCAAAAGGCCGAUACUCUCCAGUGGACCAGAUUCAGUCAUUGUAAAGCCCAAGGCAUUUACAGAUUCAAGCAGUAUGGACAGAGCUGAAGAUCCCACAGCUUCCCCAUCUGGUUAUUAUUAUGAAGACCAGUGGAGGUCCAGAACACAUUGGAUCCAUAAUUUUAACAAAUCAGAUGAUAUAACCGAAUGCUUACAGGGAAAAGUAAUCCACUUGUUUGGAGACUCUACAAUAAGGCAGUGGUUUGAAUAUUUGACAGCAUUUGUUCCAGAUCUAGUGGAAUUUAACCUGGGGAGCCCUAAGAACGUAGGCCCUUUCAUGUCUGUGGACCUGAAGCACAACAUCCUGCUGAAGUUCCGCUGCCACGGGCCGCCCAUCCGCUUCUCCACAGUGUUCAGCAGCGAGCUGCGCUACAUUGCCAACGAGCUCGACAGCAUCGUGGGCGGCAGGAACACUGUCAUAGCCAUAACCAUAUGGUCCCACUUCAGCACCUUCCCCUUGGAAGUGUACAUCCGGCGGCUCAGGAACAUCCGCAGAGCUGUUGUUCAGCUGCUGGACCGCAGCCCCAAGACUGCAAUCGUCAUCAGAACUGCUAAUGUUCAGGAGCUUGGACCAGAAGUGAGCCUCUUCAACAGUGACUGGUACUCCUUUCAGCUUGAUUCUGUCAUGAGGAAAAUGUUCUCAGGAAUUGCUGUGCACUUUGUGGAUGCUUGGGAGAUGUCUGUGGCUCAUUACUUGCCACAUAACCUGCAUCCUAAUGAAAUAAUUGUUAAGAAUCAAAUAGAUGCAUUUUUAUCUUAUGUGUGCCCUUUGCAAACUUAGCACAAAUGGGUAUCCCUAUGUUGUCUCUUGCUAUAGCCGAAGUACAGUUGCUUGUUUGAGCUGUAGAAUGAGGCUGGAUGAUAUGGAAGAGCUCUGAAUACUGUACUUGCUUGCAGGAUAAGGAGGGUGGCCUUAACUCUGGUUAGCUGUGCAGGGUGGUAAAGAGGAGUUGACUCUUCAGGCCAUAUCUUCCUGGAAGAUUUAUUCCUUCAAGCUUAUCAUUCAUACCUGAGAUUAUUAGAGAGCACCUUAAAUUAAACUGGAAAGAUUCAAUAAGAAACUAUUUGGGUUAUUAGCUUUACUUGUUGUCUGCACUGUAUGCAUAAUUUAAUCCUGAUUCUGUUGCCAGGGUCUUGUUGCUCAGAACAGUGUGUGAAACCUAGGAAGGAUUUUGGGAAUGAUCUUUCAGCAUUCCAGAGGUUAAGGGAUGUCUCCUCCAGUUGUGUGUCAGAGAAGCACAGUGUCUGUUCUUGUUGUUCUUGUUUCCAAGUCCUAACUAGGAACAUAAAGGGAGUGUACCAAAGUCAGCAAUAAGGAAGCACAAUCAUAAUAUCUGUAGAAUUAAGUAAUGAAGAAUUUGCUGACAUUUAAUCCAGCACACUAGUUAGGCAUCUUUGUUGUUUACAAAUUACUGCUAAGUAAUGCAAAUAGCCAGUAUUUUAGUUUGGUUUCCUGUACUACUGAAUUUCUUUUGAGUUUUGAUACACGGUCUACUUCUUGAUUUAUUAUUAGUGAGGAUAUGUGUUUUAGACCUCAGUGAAAACACUGUCUCAGGCAGUUUCUGCAAGUUCAAGUUGCAGGCUCACCUACUUGAAGCUUAAAGCACUUGCCAGUGAAAGUGUUUCAUUUGCCAGUGAAAGUGUUUCCAUUCCCUGUGAGCUACAGCAGUUCUGUUCAGUGGCUCUGCUGUGUCCUUGGUAUGCCAGGUCUGGACGAGGAGGCCAAAUGACCCAAGGGCCCCUGGUGUGCUUUGGUAGUGGUGGUCAAGGCCAUGCAGUGACUCUUCUUCAGGGCCUGGCAGUUCUGUCAUUUCUUCAUGAACUUCACUGCUGACAGUAUAAAAGGUGGAGCACCCUGCACUCAAAAGCCAAGUGUGCCCAAGGUUGCCUUCGUAUAUCUGCUUGACACAGACCCAGGUUUGGUGGGCUGACAGCAUUUACUGCUGCUUAUUUGAUUGUGCCUGUCCGCAGUUUUAACUGGAAGCUCUUUGAAAACAGUUUUUAUUAAACUCAACUUCCAAGUUAAACAGCAGAGAAGUGUUCCAUGCUGUCAUAUUUUUGGUCCCACUCAGGCCCGAGCCGAUCUUCACUGGCUUGUGUCAAAACCAAGUUGAAUCUUUGUGAGCAAACUGAGAAGAUUAAUUAAGACAAAUUUGCAGGUUGCAGAGUAAAAUAAUCGAAAUGUCUUUAUGUUAGAAAAAGUUUCACCCUUUAUUAGGUUUGCUGCUCUCCUAAGAAAGUUUGUGCUCUUAUUGCCAGAGCCCUAAGAGAGCCAAUGCUACAGCUACAGCAACAGUAUUCAUUAUAAAGGGCAACUGAGAAGUGGUUUAAAAACAAAUAUAAACUAUUCUAGCAUGUAAAAGGCAUCAGUACUAUCCAUCUAUAAACUUAAAAAUUUAAAAAUAUUUAAACAUGUCUGGAGGAAUUGUGUACACUGAAAUAGCACCUAUUCUUAGCUUUUCAAAUCAGCAAUUGAUUUGAAAACUUGCUGGUUCCUAGUGACAACUGCCUCACACAGCAUCUGCCCUUAUAUUAGCAUUGGGUAACUAUUUCUUGCUUUAGUAUGGUAAGAGCAAUUUAGCCUCUGCUAAAAAGAGGUCACACCAGUUCAGAUCUGGGAAACUAUACCACCACAAUGGAAAAUGACUUUUCAUCUUUUCCAGAUGUAAUUUUUAAAGUAGGUAAAGACUUUCAUCCUGAAUAACAACUCUAUCCUAAUAAUGCUUAUGGGAAUAGGAAUUCAGACUUACUUUGAAGGAAACUACUUCAUUUGUGGACUGACCAUUAGGUUUAACUCAUAAAGCCAUAUUGUAUGUGAAAAUGUUGUGGCUGUAUGUGUCUUCUCUGGGUGUUGUAGUGCUUGCUACUGCUCCUCUACAGCAGCUUUAUAUCACUGUUAGCUACCAAGCACAGAGAGAGAAGAAAAUAUUUUUUUGAAUGCUUUGACAGUUGAGAGAAAGAGAACAGAACUCCUAUUAGCGAAAGUGUCUAAUUGCCUUCUGGUAGACCCUCAUCCUUUAGAUUAAUUAGAUUAAUUUCUUAAUAACUGAUGAACUAACCUAUUGGUAAUGAAUUUCAGGGAAACUGCCAGUUGAUUUAGAAUAAAGAUCAAGAUUUUAUUUCUUUGGGCUUUGAAAUAGUGAAGAGAAGUGAAGAAACUGAGGAUUUACUCGUGUUUGGGGACACUGUGCUUUUAGAUGUCAUUCAGAUGAUCUAUGAAUGAUUUUUCAUUUCUAUUCUCAUCUUACUACCAUCACACCCGUUGUGUAUGUAUGGGAUAUGCAAACACAGAAGCAAUAAAAUAUUUUUAAAUCAGUUUCUUUAAACUUCUAAGUGAAUUUUAAUAGGGACUUAGGUUAAGAUGUUGGUUAUUUUUGAAGUUACUUAAUGUGAAGCAGGACUGGAAAGGAAUUUCUCAGCAUGCGUUAAGUAUCUUCCUUGACACAUAAAAAAUUAAUUCACAAGGUUUUUCAAAGCUCUGUCUUCCUUUUAUUUUCAUUUUCUUCAUUUAAAAUGAACAAAUUGUAUUUUUUUACAUUUUUAUUCUUUUACUGAUAAUUUUCAUUAUUAAUCUUUCAACAGAUUUUUUUCUUUUGAAAUUUCUUUAUUCAAAGUCCAGCUCCCUCAAAUUCCAGUGAAAGAAACUACUUUUAUUGUGUUUAUUAGAACAUUUCAGAGUAAUUUAUUUAUAAAAUAAAUAAACUCCAUUUUAUAUAUAUUAGUGUUGUACUGUAAUAUUCUUGGAGUUUUGUUUAUCAUGUAUAUCUUCUUAGGCUGAUUUAUUCCUUCUAGAAAUUUAGUAAAAAUGUUAGUUGAAUUGUUGAUGAGAAGGGAGGAUAAAAAGUAAAUGUUUCCCUUUUUCAGGUUUUCAGUUGCUUCAGCACUACUUAAUGAGAUUUAAAUCACCAUUUUUCACUGUUUUACUUGUUAGAGGCAAGCAAUUACAAAUGGAAACUUCACUUACCACAAGUGUCUCUACAAUUUUUUAUGUGCUACAGGUGACAAUUUAAUGUGUAAAUGACAAAAAUGAAGGUUAGACGUUGCCUUCUAGAGGGGUGGAGGAUACUGGGGUUUUGCUUUUGUUUUAUUGCAGAAGUGUGGGUUAAAACAUUCUUCCAUUUAUGACAGUUUGAGUAACAGCAAAAAACUUCAAUCAUAAACGUGUUUUUCAUUUAUAAAGCACUUAUUCCUUAAGUCCAGAUCAUUUAAUAUAUAUUCAGACUGUUUAGAAGGCUCUUACUCUCUGUUGGAAGCAGUGAAGAAUUCUGUAUGUUAGAGAAAGAACUUGUUUUCAAAUAACUUGUUAUUUUCUAAUACAUGUAUGUUAUUGUAAUACUUACAAUAUGCAGAAGGCUCUACUGUCUUAUUUCCUGAUAUGAUCAGAAAAACAAUUUAAAUAGCCAAAAAGCU